AUGUCCAUCGCUAAGACAGUCCUUCACAAGUUUGUUGGCUACCUGGAGGCGCAGGCCUCGGAGCUGAUCUGGAAACCUCGGUGCUCCGCGACGAUCGCGUGGGAGCAGACCCAGGGUAUCUCUGCCAAGAACAAGACAUCCAAAUACACAGGCCCCCGAGGUGACUGGAGUCAAGGAUACGGUUACAUCACGCACGAUGGUUUCUAUUCUGGACCGGACUGCGACUGGUGGAUGGUGCACUGA